UUCCGAUCUCAUCACCGUGAUAGUCGCUAAAUGGUGAAGGGUACCAAGUGAGGGGUGCGUGUACGCACGUUUAUAAGGAUCUGAUUGAUUCAAGUUUGCCUCAUCUAUAAUAGGGGAGCCAGGAACAUCUCAGCCUAACGGCUCAAGAGAUGGAGGCAACUGAAGAGCUUGUUGGAUCGGAGCUAGGCACUAAAGAGUUCUGGGAUGCUACAUACAGCCUGGAGAUUGACAACUUUAAGUCGCACAAAGAUGUAGGAGAAGUUUGGUUUGGGGAAGACUGCAUGGACAGAGUCAUCAGGUAUAUUGAGAAUAGCAGUGAAAUAGCAAAAACAUCCUCUAUUUUAGACAUUGGCUGUGGUAAUGGGAUAUUUCUAGUCGAAAUGGCGUGUGCCGGUUAUACAAACCUGACUGGGGUGGACUACGCAGAGGGUGCCAUACAGCUGGCACGUAUGGUGGCACAGGACAAGAAGGUGGACGUCACGUUUCAGGCGGCCAACUUCAUGAGCGAUCUGUCUGGUACGGAGCUGCCGGCCUGCCUGCAGCUCCAGUACGACGUCUGCCACGACAAGGGCACCUACGACGCCAUCAGCCUCAGCCCGGAGCGGCCCAGGGAGCAGCGGCUCAGGUACCUGGACAGCGUGCGACGGCUGGUGCGGCCGGGCGGCCUGCUGCUGCUCACCUCCUGCAACUGGACGGCCGACGAGCUGGUGGCGCACUUCUGCCCGGCCUUCAGCCGCCACCACACCGUGCCUGCGCCCAGCUUCUCGUUCGGCGGCUACACGGGCAGCGUCGUGUCUACGGUGGUGUUCCGCAGGCCAGACUGAUGAGCGCCGUCGGCCCUGCGCUGCUCGGGUGGCGCCAGUGGGGAGCGCGCCGGCACCGCACACUCCGGUGCGGCCGUGACGUCCCAGGUGCACGGUGUGGGCUCGGCGAGGGCGCGCAUGGCGGGACGUUGGCGAAGCCUCGGUUCGUAACAAGUUGAGUUGUAGACACGCCGGGACAUCGGUCUUUACAUGUACGUGCUAAUGUACCGGAGGAUGUGGAAAACAGAUUGCGCCGAACUGAAGUACCUCUGCCCUAUAAACAGCACUGCCUAAGAUCCAGCUGUGACGCUAACUAUCGCGCUGCGUGCAACGCCCGGCGGCCCAAGGUCCAAACAUGGGUUUACCAGGAUUUAUAAAUAUUUAAUUUUCUUGGAACGAGGAUUACAUUCUGAUUCCAGGAAAAGUGUAUCAACCUUGUGGUAGCCCCAGACACCUGAGGACGUCUGGAAAUUUCGAGGACUAAGAUAACGGGACGAAAGCCUGCUGAAUGUGAGGUGUAUCAAAAUAGCCUAUAAAUAUUGAUUAGGAAAUGCCUUAACCUCGUAAUGAAGUGCGUGGCCGUCAUUUUACGUUUGCAGCAUUUCAUGAUUUCGUCCCACGCCACCAAAGCUGCACGCGUCAAAACAAGCAAAGGUACAUGAUGACGAAGCAAAAACAUUUCCGUCACAAAAUUUACCCGCUCCUUUGAUAGACCUGACGACAAACAAUGGACUUCUUCCCUGUUUAUCCUGAUGUUUGCACAUUUGGUACCAAAUUGGGUCAUAUUAAAGUGUCAGCAUGAGAAGGCCUACAACGGAGCACUCGUCUCUGUGUUUGGAGGUCACGACGCAAAGAAUGACACUAAAUGCAUGAGGACAAGCCUCAAAUGUCUACAUAAUCGGCUUGAGCGAGACUUCGGUACGCGGCACGCAUUCUUAGUUCGCAACGUCCGGGUGGUACGUAUGUGCUGUUUCCAGAGAUUGGUAUGAGUUUGAAUAAACAACCACUCAUUGACCAACGUAAGGAAUAGCUAGACCAAUCCUGAUGAAGACGCUCUUAAAUGGAAUAUUCUACGUUUGAAGGUAUCGAGGCAAGUAUGACAUGUGAUGGGAAAAUCCUCACUUGUAGCUUUUCGUAUGUUUUUUUUUUAGUGCAGGCUGUUUAAUAGAACGUGAUUCCACUUUUGAAUAAAUAUGCUCCUCAUUGC